AUGUACCGUCAGAUCUUGGUGGACGAGAGAGAUACUGAUUUGCAGCGUAUUGUUUGGCGACCUAACUCGCACCGAGAGCCAACACAUUUCAGAUUAAAAACUGUCACUUAUGGUACCAGUUGCGCGCCAUACCUGGCAAUUAAAGUAUUGCACACUCUAUCUGCUGACGAACGCUGUAACUUUCCUGACGCUGCUCAGAUCUUGCUUGAUGAGUUCUACGUGGAUGAUGUUCUAACGGGGGCAGACAAUGUCGAGGAUGCUUCCAGACGACGUCGAGAACUGCAAGGCCUUCUCCGCGCAGGUGGCUUCGCCCUGCGAAAGUGGAAUUCCAACUCAAGCGCUGUGCUGAAAACCAUUGAUCCUGUUGAUCUUGAAACUAAAUCUUCACGGGAGUUUCAGCUAGAGGGAGAGUACAACACCUUAGGACUCGUCUGGGCUACCAAAGACGAUUGCUUGACCUACGCACUAAAGCUUGAUUACACGGUAACCACAUUUACAAAGCGACAACUGCUGUCUGACGUGGCUAAGCUGUUCGACCCACUUGGGUUCCUGGCGCCUGUAAUUAUUCGUGGAAAAAUGUUUAUUCAAAAAUUGUGGUUAACAGGCCUAGAUUGGAAUGACAAUCUGCCGGAAGACUUGCAGACGAAAUGGAUAUCUUUUCGCAACGAGCUUAAGACAGUUCCAGAAGUACGCAUAUCACGCUGGCUUAAUACAUCCCAGCAAAAUGAAACCUAUGAGCUCCAUACCUUUGCAGAUGCAUCUACGCACGCAUACGCCGCUGUAGUGUACUUAAAGGUUGUCGCUCAAUCAUCCGUCCACAUUCACCUAUUGAUGUCGAAGACACGAGUGGCACCGUUAAAGAAAGUUACAGUACCACGGCUCGAGCUAUGUGCAGCCUUACUUGCUGCUCGUCUGAUGAAUAAGGUAAGAGAUACGCUUAACCUAUCCUCUAUAUCUACUUAUAUGUGGUCAGACUCUACGACUACAAUAUGGUGGAUACGAUCCGAUCCAGGAGCGCUAAAAGAGUUCGUGUCGAAUCGUGUUAGCCAGAUACAAGUGGUGACUACUGUAAGCGACUGGCGUUAUGUUAACACGGCCGACAAUCCUGCUGAUUGUGCCUCACGAGGACUGACCAUGGCGCAGCUUGUAGAUCAUCACCUAUGGUGGCAUGGGCCCUCCUGGCUUAGCCAACCAGAAACCAGCUGGCCACAGCCUUUGCUAAAGGCACCAGAAAAGCUCUCCGAAUCCAAACCUGUGCAAGCUACAACGACACGCAUCAUUCCUUCUGAUUGGUUCAUCCUGGAAAACUAUUCGACGCUUGAAAGACUUUUAGUAAUCACUGCUUGGUGUUUCCGAUUCAUACGGGUCUCGCGAGGUAUGGCCCAUGACACUGGCAUGAUGUGUUUGUGGAGCGAGCGCGAGGCUGCCAUGAAUAUUUGGAUCAAGCGCAUACAAGCUAUCACGUUCAAGAGCUCGGCGGUCGCUUAA